AUGGCCCCAACAGCCUUACUCUCCGCUACCAAGUCCUCCGGUAAUGAGACUCUUCUAGUGUUGCCCAUCGUCAAUGUAUCUGGAACUCCCCCCGCCACUGAUGCAGUCCCGCACCCCGUCUCUUCCCGCCCUAUUGUCUUAGCUUUUAUAGCCAAAGGCCGGCCGAUUCCCGAGCAUGAAGCUAUUGGCACCUUGGUCGACGCUGAUCUAGCGAUUGCCGAUCUCGCCCGCGAUCAUCCAAACCAGCGUAUAAUCAACGAUCGAUUCGAAUACCGCCUUCCGACCGGCAACAUGCUGAUCAGCAUUAGAACAAAUCUAGGAGAGGAGAUCACGUGGGCAGAACUAAGACGGGUUUUGCACGGACUAUAUCGGUAUAUGGCCGCUGGAAUGGGUACGGAGGAGACGCAUUAUCAGGAAUUGGAAUUCGAAAUCGAAGCUGGUGGUCAAGAGAAGCCGAAUAUAGGAUACGGGCUGGUGCAGUAUUUCCCUCCUACCGAGAACGAAGUUCAGAAAAGGGUCACGCUUCCUUUUCCGAUCUCUUUAAGCAACGAAGGAGCCCUCCAGCUUUCCAAUCUCACCUUCAAACAGCCUGCUAAUGAGACGUUGCGGCGGCUACCCAACGCAACCCUCGCCUUGCCGGGAACCAACAAUGUGCGAGAGGAUAUGAUUUUCCCUAUCCCGAAGACUUCCCUCAGUCUCAGCUUCUAUUAUUUCGGCCCAUCUAUACCAGCCCAGAGUGUCAAAGCCACACUUCAAGGAGCAACAGCAAAGGUUCGCCCUAUCCUGAGUGGCCCAGAUGAAAUGGACCCUAUAGAGAACGACAGUUUCCGAUGGGUGCUCCCACUCAGCCGUGAAGCUGGUAUUCCUGUGGCGGUCACCGUCUUUACGUACCCUCGCCAUGAAAUUACAUGGCGCCAGCUCUUCAAUGUGCUCUUCGGUCUCUAUGCCUUCACCACCACAUUCGGUACGGAUCUCGAAGAAACGCACUAUCAAGUGCUCGGAUUCAGGAUCGUGGACCACUAUUCAAGGAAUUUAGGCGUGGGGACCAUAUCAUAUUUCAGCUAUGGGGCAGGCCAGCUAGGAAGGAGAGCACCAUCCAUUGAUAAUGGGAUUCCCCUGCAGCGACCGAGCGCGUCCAACGUCUCACUCAUCCCCGCGGCGGUCUCAACCUCCAUUGUUUACCCCGUGGCCCAUACUGGUAUAACCCUCACCUUCACGUUCCUCGGAGACACUUCCAUUCCACCCGGAGAGAUCAAUCGCGCCAUCAGCGGUGCCCAACUGAGGAUAUCUCGGGCGGUUGUGCAGACCCCUGAAAAGUCCAUUUCAGGCAGAUUCGCAGACACCUCCACCAGCGGCCGCGUGUCGACGAACGUUCUCGCGUACGCUGAGAAAAUCAUCACAUGGGAAGAACUAAAUGACAUUUUGUGGGGAGUAUUGCACUUUUGCCAGGAUGACCAGGAGCACGACCGCCAGCUCGUUUUUGAAAUUGACAUCAACGUUUCAGGCCGGGGGAGAGUAGGAUUUGGGACCCUGCUAUAUGUACAGCCGGAUCCAACCCACGUGGAAAAGCGAGCAAUGGUUGCCAACGACACGACCCUCCAGCCACCCACCAAGACCAUCACCUCACACCCCAGCCUCACCCCGCUCGCAGUGCCUAUUCCUUACCCUAUCGCUGGCACACCGAUCACCCUAACGUUCAAUACCUUCGGCCCUCCCAUUCCCGUUAUUUACGUCAACGCAGCAUUCACGUCCGCCCUUCGGAAGAUCCAGAUCCAUGCCAUCCACCAUCCUGACACCCCAAUACCAAACAAUCGCUGGGAGCGCCGAGGCGUCGUUAGUAAGGUUUGGAUUACGGUUGUCGCUUACAAUGGCAAUGAAAUCUCGUGGCAGGAAUUGAGCUCGGUGGUGGCUGCCGUGCUGCGCUUUAUGACCGAGACUGGGGAGCAUCGUUGUCGUGCACUGGAAUUUUUCAUUGAUAAGGUAGGGGAGGUGGAGACUGGGUAUGGCAGUGUGGCAUACUUUCCAGAUGACGACGUCUCUGUUCAAACGCGGCAAUGA